AUGGAGUGGGUCCAGAAAGCUGUUGAGGAGAGGCAACUCGUUGAAAAGGUUCCGAACUUCCCAAAUCUGAAAUUGCUUUCUCAGAAGAUCCCAUGUCCUUUUCGUGGAUCACUGGAUCGACCGUGGAAAAAGGCUUCCGCUAGCUCUGGUGGAAGUGGAGUUAGUCGUCGCGCACUGAGUUGGAAACGCUUCAAACGAACGCUUCACACUGCGACUGCGACUGCGACCCAUCCACCAGCAGUGCCAUGGAGUCAUGGGACUGAAGGCUUUCGUUGCGCCAAGGAUCCUCCUCCUGCCUCCUACUUGCAGAGCUCGCUGGAACGCUCCAGCGGAGCCAAGCUCUACAGUGCUGCUCGCAAUGGCACACUUCGAUGCCGCUUCCAAGCGACCACGGGCCUUCAGGUGGCAGUGGAGGCGUCGCUGAUGCAUGGCCCCUUUGUGUGGGAGCCCCUGAGCGGUUCCGGCGCCGAGGGCUGGCCACGGGUGCUGUGCCACAGCAACUCCUCCUCGGUCAACGCGAUGAUCGCCACAUAUGGGAAGUCUUGGGUGACCGACGCCUUGGUGCAAAUCUCCACGGAUGCGGGGCAAAGCUGGUCAAGUCGACAGGAUGCUGCCAUGGUGACUUUGGCCGGUCCCGAGAUGCUGAAGGUCACCGGCCUCGCGCCGCAGGUGAGGUUCUUGAGUGAUGUGUCCAACAUCUCUGUGCGGGGCACCGGCUUCGAGUGGUUCCGGGUCGCCAUGAAGCAGGGGCAGAGCACUGGGGCGAGCUUGGAAUGCGUCUGGCUUCCUCGCACAUUGAACGCCUGGCUGCGAGACCUUUGCCAUGGCCCCGCCAGCAUCGUGAACGACACCCUCAUCACCUGUGUGGCACCCUCCAGCAGCUGCAUGGAUGUGCGAGGCGCCGCAGGCUACCAGGUGAUGGGCAUGGAACUGCGCUAUGGGCUGCAAGAUGCCACCACAUCGCUGGCCACUCGAAACGCGGGAAGAAACCGCAAGGAAUUCAUGGAGGCCUUACCUUGUGAGGGCAGUGGCUGCAUCCAUGUCGCUGUCCUGCGGCCUGUGGUGACGCAGGUGACCAGAUCUCUUCCAGAGGGUGGCGGCCCAGUGGACUUCGAGGUGGCUGGCGUUGACUCAGCUGCCAAAGGUCCAGGGACUCAGCUGGACCUUCGACUUGCACGUGGGGACCACGAGGAUGGUCCCCCGGUGGCCAGGGGCUUGAUCUCCAUUCUCUGCCGUUUCCGGCAUGUGGAACUGACGCGUUUGGGGCUGAUGGCGACGAAGCCCUACAUGACCAAAGGACUACAAGGUGACUUGCCCAGCACCCAAUUGGUCGGAGCCUCAGAAUUGGCGCACUCAGUGCAAGGUGCUGGUCUCACCUACCGCAGCGAUGAGGCCUGGCAGUGGCUAGUGGAUUUUGCCAUGGAUAGCUUCUCAGACAGCUGGCUGCCCACGGCCGCGGCGGAGGUGAACGUCACUCGGAUCUUCCAAUACAAUCCAGCCCCCAGCGGCGAACUCGAUCCCUGGACGCCCAUGAGCAACGUCACGCCCGAGGUGGACAUGAGCGUGGUGGGCGUCUUCGUCUUCGUCCUUCCGUGCCUCCGAACUCCACCUGCCGCGGCCCUGGUGCGUUCUGCGCGCUUUUUGGGCGGAAAGGAAGGGCCUCCGUCGAAAGCUGGUGGCAUUGAGUGGAGUGUGUGUGCAGAUAUGAUGUGCACAUUGCCACCGGACCUCUUCAAGAAGCCGUCGAAUCACUUGUACCUGCACUGUUUACAGCCGUGGUCUGGCAUGGGCACCAGUCCAGGAUCUCCCGCCUUCAACGGCUCGCAGCAGAUGAUCUCGGGAUUAGAUCUGCGGGCGAACGACACCGGGUCGGUGCUACGGCUUCAGGGGAAGUCGCUUUGGGGAACCAAGGCUGGACGAGUCGAGCGGAACCAUGUCGGCAUUGAGGAACUCAUGCCCACGUUCGGGAUGUUUCCACAGCAAGUGGAGAUUGGAGACCUUCCGGAGGCGCGAGGAGGCCGCAGCAAAGCUUUGCGAGAUGACUUGCAGAACAUUUCCUGGAUGCCCGCGGAGGUUCUCAGCGAGACUUUGCAUGGCGAUGUCCUUUGUGAUGUGGAAGCGUCCCUACGCCGAACUCCGUCGAUGUCUUCGAAUGGCUCGCGACCCUACUUGGUGGUGGCCAUUUGCGGAGACCGUCAAGGCCAACGUCCUGUUCCGCGCAUUGCCUCAAAGAUCCUGUGGCAGACCCGAUCCCCACAGGAGUCGAGCGAGCCUUCACCGCUGCCAGCCCGAGCCAAGGCAGAGCUGAGAGUCGCCAAGGACGAUCAGCAAAUGGCAGAGGUCUGGCUCCAAGACCCCACAUUGGUGGAGGGGGGCGACUUCUACGGCAGCCUCAUCUUCAGCCUCACGGUUCGAGUGGAGAAUGCAUCCGGUGAGGAGGUCGAUAGAGAGUUAACAUCACUUCUGCGCCAACCAGCAGUUUGUCGUCUCACAGGUGAUUUGAAUGCAACGGAUGACAUGCCUGAGGAGAGCGUCGACCUUGCAUUGACCGAGAUGGAUCGGGGCCUCGUGCCAGUGGUCUCCUCGCUUUCGGGCGUGGUGCAGUAUGACGGUCUGGUGCAGUGCGACUUUCGGAUUCCCAGGCUGUCCGCUUGGGCGUUGCUCUACUCCAACCGCAGUGCUCACAUUCGCGACAGUCCUUAUCCAUACAUAGCUUCUGAGCUGGAGGUGUCUCCUCCUUCGUACGAAUUGCAAGUGCGCGUCUCCGUGGGACAGCACCAGACCGCUUGGACGCCCCUUCCCAGCAGCUUCCACUGGAAGUUCUCGGAGUCCUACGGUGCCCGCGCGCGCGCGCGACUAGGGCUGUUGGAAGUGACGAGUGCAACUGUGGUGGAAGUGUCCGACAUGGAACGCAGCAAUGCGCUGCGGUGGGCUCGAGCCAGUCCCAUCGACGGGCGUGAUGAGGAGAAUCGGACGACGGACCCCUUCGAGGAGGUGAGGGUGGAUGAGUUCUACUGCUGUCUCGCCUGGGCCUUGGCCAAAGAAAGUGCCGACCGCGUGCGCGCAGAGCAUUUGAGCCACCUGCACGCGGAAGUCCAGAAGCAGGCCCAAUUCUUCAAUGCGAAGCUCUUAGUCUGGGAACCUACUAGUGGUGUUUUACUGGGGAGGAAUGCUGAGCAUGGCAUGACCACCGCAGAUAUGAUGUGCCGAAUGGGUCAAUUGUUGUGCCGUUGGGCUUUGUCCCAGUCUCCUCCGAUGGCGCUUCAUGUUGGAGUGGAUGUGGGCGGUGUGUCUUGCAUCACCCUGUCGAAGAACAAAGCCUACCAUGGCCAAGCCUAUGUGGGCGCACGAGUGUUGUGCUGCUCUGCACAACAUAGUGGGAUGGUGCACAUCUCCAGUCGGGCCAAGGAGAACCUCCGGGCGGUGCGCUUCGCGAGUAUGAUCGUGGGGAAAGGCCCAACGUUCUAUCUGGACGCCUUUACUGAGGUCCUCAAAGAGGAGACGAUCAAAACGACCAAGCUCAGCUCCUUCGGCUUAUCCAGCCAGGAUGCCAGAAAGAUGCCCCUGGAGGAAUUCCGAGAGAUUCUGCUGGAACAUGCGGUGGAAAUCUCUCGCUUUGGAACAGGCGGCUUCAAGACGCUGCACCAGUUCUACGAGGAUGCGGUCCUCACAGAAAAAAGUUAUCUUCAGCUGGUGGGAGAGAACCUCCGACGCUUCGUCGAGCUGGUGCGAAUCUCCUUGCGGUUCCGGGCCGCGAACGGCAAACAGAAAGAGCUGCGGAUCAAGUCGGUGAUGAAUCCCGACGGCUCCGUACGGGAGCGGAAUCUGCCACUGGCGAUGGUCUUGCGGCCCAGUGAUGCUGGUGCUUGGCAACCAGCGGUGGAGACAUGCUUUGAGGUCAAGUUCGGUUUGAAGGCUGAGGUGCAGAAGCUGUGCUUCCACAUCGAUGACCAAGCAUAUUCCUAUGAAGAGACCAUUGCAGAUUCCUCCACAAUUCCAUCCAUUCCCACUGUCUACAAGACUCACAGCAUUGUGAUCCUUGUGAAGAAUACCUCGAAGGCGGAGUUGAAGCCCAUCGGCCUCCCCGGUGGGGAGGAAUUUGAGACGAAUCACCACGGGCAACAUCACUGGACCUGGGUCGAGAUCGUCUCCAACAAAGAAGAGGAGCUCAUGCGUUUACUGCAGAGCCAUGGCAUCGAUUUCUCCUCGAGGAGCUUCGCAGAGCUCUACGAGGAGGUCUACGAGAAGCGACGGUCUCGACUUCAGGUGGUGGACAAGGACUUGGUGCGGAAUUUGAGGGUCAUCAAGGUCUGGCUUUGCGUGAGCAUCCUCAACUGCAAGCACGUGCUGGUGGUGAAGAACAAGCAGAAGGAAGGCGCUCCCGAGAUCCGAGAGCUACGGACGUUGUCCAUGCAGAUGAGGGAAGGUCAUGGUUGGCAGGAAGCCCUUCGAGAUGCUUUGUACCAAAGACUGGGGAUCCCCGAGCAGCUGCAGCGCGACGAGCUUGACUGCUCUUUGGUGGGCAGGCGUCAAGAGGUGGAGUACUCCAGGAGUUUUCCUGGCCUGAAAACCCUUUAUGACAUCUUAGAAGUGCACGCAGAGGUGCGGCACCCCUACGACCAGCGCUGGGACGUCUUGGGCCUUCCCGGGGCCUUCGAUUUCACCUACCUUCGGAAGAACGAGGUGGCAGGGCAGACGGAAGUGGUGGUGACGCGAUGGGGUUGGGUCGUACCCACAGGACAGAACUAUGUCUUGAGACCGCCCAGCCUCUUCGACAAGAAGGAGGAUGCCUCGAUUGUGGAGGUCGAUAAAGCUGGCCAGGUGUCACCUCCAGGGAUGCUGCCGGUACACGGCUCGAACGAGCUCUUGGUGAGCCGAGUCCUGGAGGGGAAGACGACCGACUGGGCGAAGGCACGAAGAGCGGCGGAGAUGAUUCGCUCUCCGGAGUAUACCACCAAGGACUUCUAUGAAGACAUGGUGGCCGCCUUCCCGGAGCUACGCCUCUACUCGGUGGUUCGGGUCUCCGAGGUCCGAAAUGACCACAACCUGGUGAUGAGCACCUCUGCCAACCGCUCCGGCGCGGACGAGUUCCAGCGCACCACGGGCGCGCUCUUCUGCAUCUUCUGGCUCAUGCGACAGCACCUGGAUGGCCGCGAAUGUUUCUGCUUUGGCCUGGACCACGAGUGGAAGAAUGCCAAGGAAAUCAUGAGGCACGUGCCGGGGAAGGAGGCGGAGUUCCAGCGUCGGAUGAGCUUCUAUGAACAGGCGAACUGGUCCGCGAUCGAGGACCUCAUGCGCGGCGCGGGGCUCUUGACCAAGCAGGGCCACGACGUGGAAAGGACCUUGGCCAUGCUGGUUCUGAUGACGAUCCACGACAUCAUGAAGCUGGACAUUUUAAGACCCACGGUGCUCAUGAACGAGUUCUGUGGCUAUAAGUCGGGCGAAGUGAUUGGAGACCAUGACAUCGCCUUGAGCUACGUCCUCGAGCGAUGUCCUGAAGCCUUGCCCUCCUUUGCCGGGCUCUUACCCGAACUGCAGGAGUGCAUUCGAUUUACCCACUGCAAGCUGGACUACAACAUGGGUUGGCUUGUUCAGGGCGAAGCACAUCCUGGCGCGCUCUUCCGAGCUUUUCGACAGGUGAUCUUGGAACGGCCCAAGGAGACCUCCAGUAAAGAUGUGGCCUUCUACUUUGUCCAUUGGUUUGCCGAUCUGGCCGGUGCCGAAGCCUCUCCCUUGACCGGCUGCGAGAAAUUCGUCUUGAAGUUUCCUUUGCCCCUCAGACCUUGGAUCAAGUUCUUGGAAAGGUUCCAAAAGAGUUUUUGA